CCUGUGCUGAUGUGGGCAAAACCAACACAGAGUUCCCCACGCCCUGGGGCCCGGGCAUCCCUGCCCCAGCCAUGCGUGCAGCACCCGGGCAAGCAGGGAACAGCCCGAGGAACGGCUGCCGGGCCAACGGCACCAACGGCACGGCCACCGCGCGCUGCCUCAGCCCGGAGCCGAAAACAGGCGGGCGGGGCGGCCCUGACACAGCGGGAGCCGCGCUGGAGAGAGAACGGUGCCUGGAGCCCUGGAGCUGCCCCAGGCCCGCGGCCGGACUGGGCGCCUCCAAGAGGGGAUGCCCCCGCCUCGCUGACAGCUGCUGGGAGGGUGCCCCAAGGCGAGCGCGCCCGCCCCGUUCUCUCCUGCGCCGCCCUCCCCAGCGCUCGGCCAUUUAAAGUUUUGGCAACUGAAACUAUAACUGGGAAGGCGUUAGAGGCAGAUAUAUACAAUGCAAUUCCUACUGAAAAGGUGGACGGAACCUGCUGUUAUGUAACUACCUAUAAAGGGCGACCAUAUCUAUGGGCCAGGCUGGACCGAAAACCCAACAAACAAGCUGAAAAAAGGUUUAAACGAUUCCUGUAUUCGUUGGAAGAUUGCAAAGAAUUUGUUUGGAAUAUUGAAGAGGAUUUCAAGCCUGUUCCAGAUACCUGGAUUCCAGCAAAGGACAUAGAGUUCUCUAAUGGCAAUCCUUUGCCUGAUGAAAAUGGACAUAUGCCAGGUUGGGUGCCUGUGGAGAAGAAUAGUAAGCAGUAUUGCUGGCAUUCAUCUGUUAUAAAUUAUGAGGCUGAAAUAGCACUGGUAUUGAAACACCAUGCUGACCCAGGGCUUCUGGAAAUCAGUCCAGUGCCACUAUCAGAAAUUUUAGAACAAACAUUGGAGCUUAUUGGGACUAAUAUUAAUGCAAAUCCUUAUGGAUUAGGAAGCAAGAAGCAGCCUGUACACCUUCUUGUACCACACGGAGCAUUUGAAUUAAAGAAUCCACCUGCUUUGAAACAAAAUGACAUACUGUCUUGGUUUGAAGGCUGCAGUGAGGGUAAAGUUGAAGGAAUUGUGUGGCACUGUCAUGAUGGGUGUUUAAUCAAGCUCCAUCGUCAUCAUCUUGGUUUACCCUGGCCACUUGCGGAGACAUACCUGAGUUCUCAGCCUGUUGUAAUUUCUUUCAACAGAACUAAAUAUGACUGUGACUUUGAACCAAAGAGUUUGUUUCACCACUUUUCGAACUUGGAUGGUCAAAGAUUUGACAGACUCAAAGAUAUCAAGUUUGAUGUGUAAUGAUUUUUCUCUUUUAAGUUAAUUGUUGUCACAUGUGGUGCAUUCCUUUUACUUGUGUCUACCACAGAACUCUACAAAUAAUCUUCUAGCUUUGGCAGCAGCCUUGGUACUAUAUUAUUUUAAAUUUUUCCUAAAUGACUGAUUUUAUGUAACAAGAGAUCUGAGAUGUGGAUCACAGAUCUUAGCUUUCAGCAUGUUUAUUUUCAGUUCUAAAAAAUUGUUAACUUUUGAACCCAUUCUGGAAACUGUUUUAAUUAAGUGUAAGAAGUAUGUUGUCUAACACUGGCUGGUCCUAAUAGCUUAGCUAGUGAAUGCAGUCAACUGUAACACUUCCAUAGGUUGGACCUACUUAUAUUUAUAUAGUUAUUAUGACACUGUUGUAUGUAGGAUUCAGAUUUGUUUCUAGUUGUUUCUUCACAGUAAAGGAUGUAUUAUUUCAGGUGGGACCAGAUUUAGCCCUGAAAUUUUGUGGGGUUUUUACAAGUUGUAACAAUUUCUUUUGGGGUAAACUUUUCACUGUAUUAUUUAAGUGGUAAGCUGCAGUAUUAUGCUGUUACUUGAAAACCUAAUUAAGCUAUAUCCUACAGUUGCUUCCACUAUUUUGGGACAAAAAGAGUAAAUAGAAAGUAUACUAGUUUUAUUUUGGAGAUCCUUAGUAAUUAGAGAGGAUAAAUGUGACUUGGCUUAAUAAUAGCCAUUUUCAGACUGCAUCUCAAUUAGGAAACUGCAACAAGGGCAUAUUAAGUAAGACGGCAUAUAAAUAAACAUGAGACUUCAUGAUCA